AUGGGGGAUUUCAGCAACAGCACCGUGGCGUUUUACCCCAAGAGCCAGAGGGGGAGUGGGCUUGUCAGCGGGGCAUCCGAGGACAAUCAUACAGGCGGCUUUGGGGCCUCGCUGGACGAGCUAAAGGCACUUAUGGAGCUGAGGGGGGCUGAAGCACUGCAGAAGAUUCAAGACAGUUAUGGUGACACAGAGGGACUCUGCCACCAGCUGAAGACCUCCCCCACUGAGGGUCUGUCGGACAGCCCUGCGGACCUGGAGAAGCGAGGGCAGGUGUUUGGACAGAACUUUAUUCCACCAAAGAAGCCCAAGACCUUCUUGCAGUUGGUGUGGGAGGCUCUGCAGGAUGUCACACUUAUCAUCCUGGAGAUGGCUGCCAUAAUCUCCCUCGGACUAUCUUUUUACCAGCCACCAGGAGAAGAGAGUGAAGUAUGUGGGAAAGGGUCUGGGGGUGCAGAGGACGAGGGUGAGGCAGAGGCAGGUUGGAUUGAAGGAGCAGCCAUCCUGUUGUCUGUCAUUUGUGUGGUGCUGGUGACGGCCUUCAAUGACUGGAGCAAAGAGAAGCAGUUCCGUGGCUUGCAGAGUCGUAUCGAACAGGAGCAGCGUUUCUCCGUGGUCCGCAACGGCAACGUCAUCCAGAUCCCCGUGGCUGAGAUGGUGGUGGGAGACAUAGCGCAAGUCAAAUAUGGUGACCUUUUACCAGCUGAUGGGAUUUUGAUCCAAGGGAAUGACCUGAAGAUUGAUGAGAGCUCUCUCACCGGGGAGUCUGACCACGUCCGCAAGUCUGCUGACAAAGACCCCUUGCUGCUGUCUGGCACCCACGUCAUGGAAGGUUCAGGCAGGAUGUUGGUCACUGCUGUUGGAAUCCACUCACAAACUGGGAUUAUCUUCACCCUACUGGGAGCUGGAGAGGGAGAGGAGGAGAAGAAAGACAAGAAAGAGGGCAAUAGUAGCUCAGCCACACUGCAACCUGCUGCAGUCGAAGUCAAACAGAGCAGCAUCACUAAUGGCAAGCAGCAGGACGGAGCAGUGGAGAACAAUCAAAUUAAAGCCAAGAAGCAGGAUGGGGCGAUUGCCAUGGAGAUGCAGCCACUGAAGAGUGCAGAAGGGGGAGAAGUGGAGGAGAAGGAAAAGAAGAAAACGAGUGUGCCCAAAAAGGAGAAGUCUGUGCUGCAGGGCAAACUGACCAAGCUGGCGGUGCAGAUCGGGAAGGCGGGUCUGGUGAUGUCUGCCAUCACCGUAAUCAUCCUGGUUCUGUACUUCGUGAUCGAGACAUUUGUGGUUGAGCGGCGGGCAUGGCUCCCAGAGUGCACACCCGUCUAUGUGCAGUACUUUGUUAAGUUCUUCAUCAUCGGCGUCACUGUGUUGGUGGUGGCUGUGCCGGAGGGCUUGCCGCUGGCUGUCACUAUCUCGCUGGCCUAUUCAGUGAAGAAAAUGAUGAAGGACAACAACCUGGUACGCCACUUGGAUGCAUGCGAGACGAUGGGCAACGCCACUGCCAUCUGCUCCGAUAAGACUGGCACCCUGACCACCAACCGCAUGACCGUGGUGCAGGUCUAUGUGGGAGACCAACACUUUCGCGAGAUCCCUGAUUCUGACCAGAUCUCCCCCAAAACCCUGGAAACGCUGGUCAGCGGCAUUGCAGUCAACAGUGCCUAUACUUCCAAAGUCAUGCCACCAGACACGGAGGGCGGCCUUCCUAAGCAAGUGGGCAACAAGACAGAGUGUGCCCUGCUAGGCUUUGUGUUGGAUUUGAAGAGGGACUAUGGCUCUGUCCGGGAGCAGAUUCCCGAGGAGAAGCUCUACAAGGUGUAUACCUUUAACUCCGUGCGCAAGUCUAUGAGCACCGUGGUGAAGCUGCCCGACGGCUCCUUUCGUCUCUACAGCAAGGGUGCUUCUGAAAUUAUACUCAAAAAGUGUUCCUUCAUUCUAGGGGCAGGUGGUGAGGUAAACAACUUCCGUCCACGUGACCGCGAUGAUAUGGUGAAGAAGGUGAUUGAGCCGAUGGCCUGUGAUGGCCUGCGCACAAUCUGCAUUGCGUACAGGGACCUGCCUGCCAGCCCAGAACCUGAAUGGGAUGCCGAAGCAGAUAUUGUGGGAGAGCUCACCUGCAUCGCUGUAGUGGGCAUUGAGGAUCCUGUUCGACCUGAGGUCCCAGAUGCCAUCCGGAAGUGCCAGCGGGCUGGAAUCACUGUGCGCAUGGUGACGGGUGACAACAUCAACACAGCGCGUGCCAUCGCCGCUAAGUGUGGCAUCAUCCAGCCAGGGGAUGACUUCCUGUGUCUGGAAGGGAAGGACUUCAACCGGCACAUCAGGAAUGAGAAAGGAGAGAUAGAGCAGGAACGGAUUGACAAAAUCUGGCCGAAACUGCGAGUUCUUGCGCGGUCGUCCCCAACAGACAAACAUACACUAGUGAAAGGCAUCAUAGACAGCACUGUUGUGGAGCAGCGGCAGGUGGUGGCUGUGACAGGAGACGGCACGAAUGAUGGACCUGCACUCAAAAAGGCUGAUGUCGGUUUUGCUAUGGGAAUUGCUGGCACAGAUGUGGCAAAGGAAGCGUCAGAUAUCAUCCUGACAGAUGAUAACUUCUCCAGCAUAGUGAAGGCUGUGAUGUGGGGGCGCAACGUUUACGACAGCAUUUCAAAAUUCCUACAAUUCCAGCUCACUGUCAAUGUCGUAGCAGUGAUCGUUGCCUUCACUGGUGCCUGCAUCACACAGGAUUCCCCUCUUAAGGCGGUGCAGAUGCUGUGGGUGAACCUGAUCAUGGAUACCUUCGCCUCCCUGGCCUUGGCCACCGAGCCACCCACUGAAGCCUUGCUGCUUCGCAAGCCAUACGGCCGCAACAACCCUCUCAUCUCCCUCACCAUGAUGAAGAACAUCUUGGGUCAUGGUGUAUACCAGCUCAUCAUCAUCUUCACACUGCUCUUUGCAGGAGAGAAGAUUUUUAACAUUGAUAAUGGACGCAAUGCCCCCCUGCACUCGCCGCCAUCAGAGCACUACACCAUCAUCUUCAACACCUUUGUUCUCAUGCAGCUCUUCAAUGAGAUCAAUGCCCGCAAGAUCCACGGCGAGAGAAAUGUCUUUGAUGGAAUAUUUAGGAAUCCCAUUUUCUGCAGUAUUGUGUUGGGGACAUUUGCCGUGCAGGUUGUGAUUGUGCAGUUUGGAGGGAAGCCAUUCAGCUGUGCCCCCCUCAGCAUGGAGCAGUGGCUGUGGUGUCUGUUUGUGGGCGUUGGGGAGUUGUUGUGGGGGCAGGUGAUUGCUACCGUGCCCACCAGCCACCUGAAAUGCCUGAAAGAAGCUGGUCAUGGUCCAGCAACAGAUGAGGUACUCGAUGAGGAGCUAGCAGAGGAUGAGGAGGAAAUUGACCUGGCAGAACUGGAACUGCGGCGUGGGCAAAUCCUCUGGUUCCGGGGCCUGAACCGUAUCCAGACUCAGAUGGAGGUAGUGAGUACCUUCAAGAGAAGUGGUUCGUUUCAGGGCGCGGCGCGCCGCCGCUCCUCGAUUCUCAGCCAGCUCCAUGACGUAACCAAUAUUUGUACCCCCACUCAUGUAGUUCUCUCCACAACCAACGCUAGCGGGACACCUGGGAGGUUUUUUAUUUUCUUUUCUUUUUAGGACCACAGCUGAGCUCGGAAGGCUUAGGGAGAGAAGAGCAGCCUUUGUUACAGAAAAAGUCUCUUUACUCUGUUUUGGUGAAUCAACCUAUAGUAGGGGCGGGUAAUCUUAUCCAGAAAGGGCUGCAGUGUGUGCAGGUUUUCGCUGCAACUUCCUAAUUGGAUUACUGAUUAGAGGACUGAUUGGCUGAAGAGUCCUCACACCUGGGUUUGAACAGCUGACCUAAAGGUUACCCCCAAAACCUGCAUAACCAGCGGCCCUUCGUGGAUAUAAUUGCCCGCCCCUGACCAAUAGCCUGUAUGAGUCUUUGAGCAAUGUUUUGAAUGUUGUAAAGCCGGGAUUUAAUUGUAAUUGACUUUUAUUUGUAAAACAGGGAGAGCUUAAAUUGAAAUGAAGCUCUUUUAUACUAAAAUAACAAAUAAUUAACAAUUAAACUGUAAGGAGCAUAGGUAACUCUAGGCUGUUGGGGGUGCAAGUUGAGAGAGCCUGACCAGUGAUCAUCCAGAUAAAUUUAUUUUAAAAUUUGAAAAAUAAAUAAAUAAAGCAAGUUAUUAUUAUACUUUGAUAUAAGUAACACAGGUCACAUUUUCAAACAUAAUUUUUGCAAUACAAUCAAUAAACAGGUCAAAAAAAUAACAGGUCAUCCCUGUUAAAUUCACCUAUGAUGAGCUCAGCAUUUAGAAUGUCCUUUAAUGACAGUAUUAAAAAUACUUUUCUAUUAGAAAGACCACAUAACAGAUGCUAAGCAACUUUUUAUUUUGUCACAUUGCUUGCCAAUCAUUGUGGAAACAUGUAAAAGGUAAUGAAAAGCUAUGAAGACUAAAUGGAAAUAACUACACGUCUGCUUGAACUUUAAAUAAGGAUGCUUUUAUGCUGAUAUAUUAGCAUAUAUUUAGGGGAUAUUUGGGGGUGUUUGGCCUAAGACCCUGAGCAUCACAUUCAGUACGGGAGCCUCUGUUCUUUAUCUUUUGUAGAAAAAAGAAAUCGGGAGGGUUUUUCUUAGACACCUUUUUUUCUCUGAAAAUUAAUUGCUGUUUGUACAGUUCAAUUGUCAUUUCUCUGUGUUUCUUCCUUUAAAUUUUGUUCCUUUUUUGUUUAUACUUUGUCUGAGGCUCCUUUACUAAAUUAACCAGUGCUUUUAAGUGGCAGUGUUCUAUCACCCACCCACCCCUACCAGAAUCCUUCCAGCUUGUACAUCUCUAACAAACUUACUUUAGAUGCAAAAAUAACUAAACUGAGGGAAGAAUUCUGGUAAAAAAAAAAAAAGUAAUGUUCCAAUAAUAAAAAACAAUACUAUAAUCAACAUGUGAUUUCAGAUUCCAGCCAAAAAAGUGUGUAUGUGGGACAAUGUGUAAGCCUGUGAUGAAAUGGCAAAUAUGAAACUACAGAAGGUUUAAGUGACAGACAAAUACAGUAUGGUUAUGCCUACAGCCUGAAUCACAUGACAUGCAUUUAAUCACAGAAACGACUGGACAUGCAUGUAAUUAUAGGAAAGACCAGACUUUUUUAAAAAUAGCAUAACUCAACUGCUACCCCUCAAAUAAACUAGCCACACUAAAUUUUAAGUUUUAAGUUGUUUAAACAUAAAAUUAUUUGAAAGCAAUCAGGUAAGUAAUAAGAAAUAUGGACUAAAUGCUUGGCACCAGCUGAAUGACUUUUUGUCAUAUUUAGUGAACACGGUAGAAUUCCAGCAGGAGGGAAUGUUGUCAUCAUAGAUAAUGCUUUUAAUGAUUUGCAUACCGUAUUAUUCUUUGGAAGGUCUUAAAAUGCCCUACAGUAUAUGGCAUUCAGUUGAUUCACAGGUUUUCUUCAUUUGGGCAAGACAGUAGAAAGACUGCUGAUGUCUGUUGAUCUGCCAAAAUCAGUGAACUGUGCCGGGACUGAUCAUGCAGCUAUGAAUGUGAAAUUAACCCUACUGCUGUGACUUUGCAUGUUAAGCUGCCUGACAUUUAAAGGAUUGUGGGUUUUCAUUUGGUGCCAGUUCUUUGUGUGUGAUAUUCAUGUCUUCUUCCCUUUGCUUUUUCCUCUAGAGAUUCUAGUUUUCUCCAAAACAUAUACUGUUCAUGGAAACUGAUGACUAAGCUGGCUUUGUGUGUACCUUGUGCACGACAGUACUUACGUCUCACCCAGGGUGUAUCUUGUCUUAUAUCCUCUGCUGCUUACUGGACUGACUUUAACCUAACUGAAAACUAGUGGAUGGGAUGUUUCUAUACAAAGAAUAUCCAUUUAUUUAAUGAUGAACCUGGGGCUCUGAGAGUAUUAACAUUAACUAUUAAUCUCAGCAACACCUUCUGCCUGUCCCCCUUCUGCCUCUUUCUUUUUUUGUAUCGUAAUUUUUUUUAAACAAGUUGCUAAAUAAGAGUGAAAGACUUUCUUUUCAAAACUAUUCAGUUUUUCCAUAAAGCUUCAUUGAGAAAGUAUCUGGAAGACAAAGAAUGAUGCCAAGAACACAGGAAGCAGCAUACAAAGAAAUUAAUGUGCAAUUUUAAACAUCCAAAUGCGAUUAAAUUCUCUUUUAUUCAGAUUUGUGGGCAUUAUACUCGAAAGUUUACAAUAGGCAUGAAAAUUCAAAAAAGCAAAUUUCUUAAAUAAAAAUUACUGAAAAAGUUUAAAUUUUGUCAUUUUUUUGCAGGCAGCAAGAAGGCUCUUUGGAAAAACAAAUAAGCUCAAACCAUUUGGUUGAAAUAUUCCUUCAUUUAUUUUUUUGUCUCUCAGUUGUUUUAUGUCCUGAUGAUUGUGGUUUUAUUCAUAUUCGUUUGUUCUGCUUCUUUUCCUUUGAGAAACAUACCCAAGCAGUAAUGUGUUCUGUGCAUUGACUGUAGGAUACUGAGCACAUUCAAAGGAAAUGCAACUAGUUUUUUUUAGUGUGUUUUGAUUGUUUUGUCUUAACAGCAUGAUGUGUUACCAUGCUCCUUUGCGUUUACAUAGUAGAAUGAAAAAAUAGCUUCCAACAUAUGUGAUUGUUUCCCUUUUACUAACCAGUAAUAUAAACAUUUGCUUCAUAAUCUGAUAAUGAGUCCACCAUGUAAGCAGCACUUCUGCUUACUUACCAGAUUGCCCAUUGUCCAUGUCCAAUAGCAAUAAUAUUUAUGUGAAUCGGGGGCAAACAAUUUUUUUUUUUUGUUAUUUGGUUUAUGGUUAAAGUUUAGAGAGUAUUCUAGGGAAUAAAGCAUAGUGUAAAAGGAAAAAAUACUGCAUUCCAAAUAGCUACAGUUGAGGAUAGAAGGAUACAUACACCUUGGCUAAUUUUCAGACUCCAAUUCUCCCAACUUAAGUUAAGUUUGUGGGCUUCCUUGCUCUGACAAGUUUUUGCAGUUCAGUCCACAACAUUUCAGCGGGAUUCAGGUCAGGAUUUUGCGAUGUCCAGUCCAAUCAUUUAACUUUGUUGUCUGCAGGGCAUUUUGUUACAGUAUUUACGCUUGGGAUCAUUGUGCUGUUGCGACAAAGCUGUAGCUUUCGGCCUGAUGCUCCUUCCUUAUGAUUCCAUCUUUUCUGUGAAGUACACCAGCCCCUUUCCCAGCAAAACACUCCCACAACAUGAUGCUGCCUCCCUGUGCUUCACAGCUGGAUUAGUGCUCUUUGGAUUAAGAGCCUCGCCCUUCAUCCUCCAUAAAUAGUGCUGAUCAUUAUGGCCAAACCAUCAUCUGACCAGAGAACAUGCCUCUGAUAGGCUACGACUUUGUUCUGAUGAUCAGCCCCAAACUGUAGUCUGGCUUUUUUUAUGUCAGUUUUCCAUUAAUGGCUUCUCGUUGGUCAACAACCUCUGAGGCCAUGGUGAUGAAGUGCUCUCUUAAUGGUGGAUAAUGAAUCAUUUCUUCUGAUGGUUCCAACAAAUUUCUUCAUUGUUAUCUAUCUUGGGGUGCUGCUUUCAAACCAAAGUUUGUUCAAUACUGGGAGUUAAUUUAUGCCUCCUUCCUGAAUGAAGUAACGUCUGUAGGGUCCUAUGUUCUGUAUAUUUUUGUACAAUUAAUUGUACAGAUACUUGUGGUACCUUCAACCUUUUGGAGAUGGCUCCUAAGACCCGACUUUUGGAAAUCCAGAAUUUUCCUCCAAAGGUCUUGCCUCAGUUCUUUUGAUUUCUCCAUUGUCUUAACAAGAAGACAGUCAACUGAAUAUUAUGUAAACAUUUGACCCACUGUAAAUCUGACAUAGUGGCUAAAAGCUUGAGUAAGUCUUCUUCUUUACUAUUAUAUUUAAUAAAACUGAUAUGGAAAUGGAGUAGAAA